AUCACCCAUUUGCUCGAAAUCCCAAUCUGUUUGGUACGUGGAUGUACCAGCUGUGGUUUGGGCGCUACUCUCGUGCUAGGGGAGUGCUCGAUUCAUCAGCCUUUGAACAUGUCUUUGUCGGAGAGGAGAAAAACGGAGAAGUUUCCGGUCUUCAUAAUUGGGUACGAUUCUUUACACUGGAGAACAAUGCUACCGAAAAAUUCGACUACCAAGGAUUCAUAGUGAAACGUGGAGGCGUUAUGACUACGAUAAGAUUCAAUUGGAAAGGUCUUCCAAAGAAAUCCGGAUCUCUGAUGAUUGGUACGUCUCCUGAAUUCGAUAUGGCCCUCUACACCAUGUGCUUCCUUUCACGUCGUGGUAAAGAGACAUGCCAGGUUGAAGUCAAUGGAUGUCCUGUGUCUGUGACCAGUUACGAUAUGGUUCAAAACGGAAAGGCAUACAUCGGAACAGUCUAUCCGACUGCAGGACCACAAAACAUGUUGCACGUAGUAUUGAUGGCGAUGAUUCUUGGGCAAGCAGUCCUGGCAGCAGAAAAAAUACCAGCAUUCUCCGUUACCGAUACCGAAUUGAAAGAGAUGUCGAAAAAACUCCGAGAUGCAGAUGAGAAUAAAGCCUCGAGGGGACAGAUUCAAGUGAAUUUCCAAGGCCACACCUCAACCAGAGAUACCUCGGACAAUGCUCCACGUCGCUUCUUUGACAAAGUGGACGGUAGGCUUUUGGAGAAACCCAGCUACAAACAAUUUCUGGCCCUUGCAGACAACUUUAAUCGACAUACCGGCACGACCGAGCCACGCGUCUCUGUUGCUGAGGUUCGUUUCGCGGAACCACACUCAUCUCUCGGUCUUUUUAGGUUGAAAGUUCAUUCUCGACAUGAAGUGAUGGCACGGCAUGUUAAAAUCAGCUGUGGGCAACCAAAAGCCCAAUCUCCACUACAUAGCGGAUGGUACAGUACCCAUUCAAAAACCCUCUUGGAACAACAAGCUAUGCAAUGGAAUCGUAUUUCUGCCCGAAUGUACUGUAAACACCUAAAAGGACAGAGAUGGCAGAGGUCUUUACUCCAAAAAAGAACAUCUUUGAUUCAGGAAAAGAGGGAAACAUCCACAUUUCUAACUACCGUACUUGAAUCGAAGCCUUGGAAAGUGCUCUACCGCUACCUCAACCAGAAAGGUCAUCCUUUCGCUGUCAGUCCUCUGGUAUUUCGUUAUUGGAUCGCUCAACUUUGGUUUGUACACUAUUCACGUGCUCGUGGCCGGGCUGACACUUCUGGUUUCGAGCACAUCUUUAUGGGAGAGGAGAAGAAUAAUGAAAUUUCUGGCCUGCACAACUGGCUACGAUUCUACACAUUGGAGAAGAACGCCACCGAGCAUUUCGACUACAAAGGAUUCAUAAUCAAACGCGGAAACGUUAUGGCGUCCUUAAAAUUUAUGUGGGGAGAUGAUUUGAAGCGAUCAGGAUCGUUACUGAUCGGUACAUCACCUGAGUAUGAAAUGGCGCUGUACACGUUGUGCUUCCUGGCACGACGUGGACGAGAUCAGUGCGAGGUAGAAAUCGAUGGAUGCCCUUUAUUGAUUACCAGCUUCGACAUAGUCCAAAAUAACAAGGUAUUCAUCGGAUCAAUUUUCCCAACGGCAGGAAGGCUUACCGAAAAAUGUCGCCGUCUUGCAAGACGGGCUUAG